AAAAGAGUCAAAUAUUUUUUUUUCUAUAGGUCUAUCAUAAGGUGUGCGGUAGAGGGUUAAACAUGUUUUUCACUUAUAUUUCACGUCUUUACAUGUGUCUUUUAUGUAGCCUAAAUUUCUAUGACCAGGACCAGUUUGUGACCAGGACUUUUAUUUUGGUGUGGUGCUGUGACGUCAUAAGGCUGCGCCACGCUAUGCUGUAUCUGUUGUGAAUCGGCUGAAGAAAGGAAAACUCCUGGAGAAGCAGCUGAGAUCUCGUGACACACUAUUAUAAAGAUGGCGUUUAUUAAAGAGGAGAGUGAAGAAAUAAAGAUUGAAGAAGUGUUCAGCGUGAAACAUGAAGAUAAUGAGCAACAAACAGACCUAAUGCAGCUGAAAGAGGAGAGUCAAGAACUGAAGGAAUUUGAAGUGAAAAAUCAUUAUAAGAACGAUCAUGAUUUCAGAACUGGAGAAAAAUCUUUUAAUUGCUCUAUGAGAAGGAAGGUUUCCUCACAAAAGAGACGUCUGAAUACAAAAACUAUUAGAGACUUUACCUGCCAACAGUGUGGAAAAUGUUUCGCCCGAAAAGCAAACCUUGAAGUCCACAUGAGAAUUCACACUGGAGAGAAACCUUACACCUGUCAACAGUGUGGACAGAGUUUCAGUCGAAAACGAAACCUUGAAGUCCACAUGAGAAUUCACUCUGGAGAAUACCAAUUCACCUGCCAACAGUGUGGAAACGGUUUCACUCAAAAAGCAAGCCUUAAUGUUCACAUGAGAAGUCACACUGGAGAGAAGCCUUACACUUGCCAACAUUGUGGAAAUGCUUUCAGACAAAAACGAAACCUUGAAGUCCACAUGAGAGUUCACACUGGAGAGAAGCCUUACACCUGCCAGCAGUGUGGAAAGAGUUUCAGUCAAAAACAAAACCUUGAAAUCCACAUGAGAGUUCACACUGGAGAGAAGCCUUACACCUGCCAACAAUGUGGAACCAGUUUUACUUACAAAUCAAGCCUUAAUGUCCACAUGAGAAUUCACACUGGAGAAAACCCAUUCACCUGCCAACAAUGUGGAAAGAACUUUAGCCGAAAAGAAAACUUCAAUGUCCACAUGAGAGUUCACACUGAAGAGAAGCCUCACACCUGCCAACAGUGUGGAAAUACUUUCAGACAAAAACAAAACCUUGAAGUCCACAUGAGAGUUCACGCUGGAGAGAAGCCUUACACCUGCAACGUGUGUGGGAAGAGCUUCCCACGAAAAGGAAAUCUACAGGUUCACAUGAGAUUUCACACAGUAGAGAAGCCGUUCAGUUAAUCAGUGUGGAAAGAGCUUCACAGACAGUAAAUGCCUUAGGAAACAUGAAAUAACGCACCUGAGAGGAGCUUCACAUGUGCCUUCACUGUGGAAUGACAUGCUUAAGCAAUGCAAGACUGGAUUCACAUAAGAAGUCACACUGGAGAGCCUUUUACAUGUCUUCAGUGUGAUGUGAGUGGAGCCUGGCCCAUCACGGUUCUUGUUGUGGCAAAUUCGAUGUCUCUGUGUCCCUUCAGUUCUGGUCUCGAAAUAAAACUUGCAGAGUCAAAGUUCCAGGCCUCAGAAGUAUUUAACUUUAUCGUCAAGAAACAAAGUGAGAUGCCAGCUCCACAUCUGAAUCUCUCUUAGCUGGGUCACAUUUUUAUACUUUUUCUUAUCUGUGUUUUGCGGUGUGUAUUUUGAUCUUAACACCUUUUAACUUUAUUACUUUACCUAACCUGAGAAUAAUAAAUAAGUGGAGUCUGGCCUAAAUUAUAAGCAUUUUAAAUUACUUACAAUUUGGCCAGAAGACUCCUCUGUGGUACGUUCUUGUUCAAAGUCUUAGACUUCCGCUUCCGGUCGCAGGGCGUGAGCAGAGCAAGAGACCAGCUCUGUAAAUUGUAUUAUAUUUUAUUUUCCAGUCCAGCUAAUUUCAUACAAACUGAACCACAACGCCCGUGAUAUUAAAAUGUCUUGAAGGGCAGACAAUACACGCAGACAACUCUGGAAGUUGAGUCUCACGCCGCCACCGCAGAAAAAAGUGAAGGUGCUAAAGCUAGUGGAGCCGCGGGGCUAACAGAAGAAGGCCCAAUCUCAAUAGGCAGUUUGCGCGCUGAACUGAGAUCAGAAUUCAACUCGUACGGAGACACCAUGCGAUCGUUUCUUAAAACAGAAAUAGAGGGCCUUGGCAAAGAAAUACGCGGCGAGAUCUCAUCCUUGCAGGAGACAACCAAAGCGGACAUGAAAACUAUUCGUGACGAGCUAACGGAAAAAGUUGAGAGACUGUUUUCAAUGCAGGCAGAAGCAGCUAACAUACAGAAGGGCAUGGAGCAGUCCCUCAGCGACACUUCUGACAGGCUCAUGGCUCUAGAGAAUUCUUGCCAAUCUCUUGCUGCUGAACAUAAGAAACUUCAAGAAAAAUGCAUCAAUUUGGAGAACAGGAGCCGCCGCCAAAACAUCAGGAUACUAAACAUCCCAGAGGGGUCCGAAAAUAACACACCAACCGCGUUUGUGGCCAAGUUUCUAUCUAAAGUGCUUGGUGAAGAAAACUUUGACGGACCCAUCCUUAUAGAUCGUGCCCACAGAAGUCUUGCCCCAAAACCACGUAAGGGUGAACGGCCCCGACCCAUAAUCGCCCGCCUUCACUAUUACUCGGAUAAAGAAAAGAUCAUGUUGUUGUCCCGGUCCAAAGGCAAGCUGUCCUUCGAGGGAGCACAGGUUCAUAUCUUCCCCGAUAUGAGCCCAGAGGUAGGACGACAACGAGCAGCCUUUAAUCAAGUGAAAGCCAAACUACGUGACGCUGGAAUCCAGUACAGAAUGUUUUUCCCGGCCAAGCUGGAGAUUACAGCCGAAGGCUCCAAAAUGUCUUUCACCGACCCACAGGCAGUGGAGAAGUUUAUUAACAGCAACAAAUCAUCAUCAUUAGAGGAGCAUUAAACGUAAGAACAUUAAUUUGGACACUUGUGUGUGGUAAUUCUAUGGCCUACACGAACUGAGUAACGGACUCUCAACCAGGUACCCAAAGAAUGUGAAUCCUUAUAUCAUUUAUUUAUUUAUUUAUUUAUUAUUAUUAUAAAUGUAUGUAUGUAUGUAUAUAUAAUUUUUUUUUUUUUUUUUUUUUUUUUUUUUUUUUUAAUUAUCACAAUUAUUGUUAUUUUUAUUUAUUUAAUUAUUUUUUAUAUUUCUUACAUUUACUUGUUUCAAAUUUAGGGAACCCUGGGUUACAUUAAACAUAAGUGCUGGCCAAAAUAUGGUUAAAAAGGUCGGAAAAUGAAAUUGGUUUAACUUUCUUUUUUUGUUUAGGAGCUUAGUGGUAAGUCAAAUGUUCACACACCUCUCUGAGUGGAUAAAUAACCUUUGUUUUGGGAAUACGCGCUUCCUCUGUAGUUCUGACAGAGUAACUAGUUCAGGGGAGUUCAGGGUGGGAGCAGGGUUUGUUGUAUUUAGGGACUUUGGUUUGUUCUGUGUUUUUACCUGCACUACAAUUGAAUAUAACUUUGAUUUUUAUUGGAGAUUGUCCAAUAAAACUGAACUAAACGGUUAUGGCUAAAAACAA